UGCCCAUCCGCAACUCCUCCAAGCUUCCACCUCCAUUCCUCCGCCAUCACGAACCUGCGUAUCGCAACCACAACCGCGCACAACCACGACAAUGGCGCCCAUAAAUCCCGACUUGCAAAACGUCCAAGAGGACAUUAAGAAUGUAAUCCAAGACCUGUUCCAGGUUCUCGUCCAAGUAUCCAACUACGACGCCGCCGGCCGCCCGACCCGCGACGUGCUCGCCCAAGACAUCCAAACCCUCGACGCCACCCUCCGCACCCUGCACACCAACGCGCAAUCCCUCCCCACGCCGACCGCCGACAAGCCCAUCCCCGAACCGCUGAUCCAGUACGUCGAGAACGGCCGCAACCCGGACAUCUACACGCGCGAGUUCGCCGAGCUGGUGCGCCGCAUGAACCAGCUGGCGCGCGGCAAGAUGCACGCCUUCCGCGACUUCCGCGACGUGCUGGCGCGCGAGAUGGGCGGGGCGCUCCCCGAGUUGAGGGGGGAUGUGGACGGGGUGGUGGCGGCGACGGGGGGGCCGACGGAAGGCUCCACGGCGGAGAGGACGGAGGGAGGAGGAGGGGCGGAAGGGGGGGGUAGUGGGGGCCCGGCGGGGCAGGGGCCGGUGUAG